UUGUCAAAGCGUUGUCACAUGAACGAAAUUAUGUAGUGUUCCCAUAAAUACACAAUUUUCUGAUUUAAUGUGAUACAUAUAAAAUUAUUUGUAUAUUUUUUACCAAAAAAGCGUUUCAUUAAAUUAUCAAGAUGAAUUCUGUACCGAUUGUAUUGAACAAAGCGGCCAUGCGGAAAUACGAAGAUCUGGAGGUUCCUUGCGAAGCAAUCCUGGCAACUUAUGUAUGGGUCGAUGGAACUGGCAUUAACUUACGAUCGAAAGAUAGAACUUUUGAUUUUGUACCUAAAACAUAUAAAGAUCUACCGGUCUGGUAUUUUGAUGGCAGCAACACAGCUCAGGCGAACAGCGAGAACUCUGACACGUUUAUCUUUCCGGUAGUAAUUUAUCAUGAUCCCUUCCGUCGAGGCAACCAUAUACUGGUGUUAGCGGAUACUUACCAGCACAAUUAUCAGCCAACUCCCACUAAUUUCCGCAAGGCCUGUGUCACGUUAUGUGAAAAGGGUGAAGUGGAAAGUCCGUGGUUUGGUUUCAAUCAGGAGUUCUUCCUGACCACCACUGACAACAGACCACUGGGAUGGCCUCCUGGUGGCUUCCCAGCGCCUCCUGGACCCUACUACUGUGCAAUUGGAGCUAAUAAAAUAGUAGCAAGAGAUCUAAUGGAGGCAUUUUAUAGAUGUUGUUUGUACGCUGGAGUACACAUCAAUGGCAUCAACACUGGCACUACUCCAUCGCAAUGGAACUUUCAGGUUGGUCCUAGCCCUGGUAUUAGAGCUGCAGAUGACCUGUGGAUGGCCAGGUACAUUCUCUGUCGUCUGGCUGAGGAGUACGGCACAGUGGCGACAUUUGAGCCUCAGCCUAUCCCGGACUGGCCUGGGAACGGAACAUUUGUCUACUUCUCCACCAAGGACAUGAGAGAUGAUGAUGGAAUACAGGUUAUAGAAAGAGCGAUCGACAAGCUAGCUCGACGUCACGGAGCUCAUAUCAACGAGUAUGACGCAAACAAUGGCGCCGACAACGUGAGACGUCUUACUGGCAAGAACGGCAUGCCACACAUGCGGGACUUUACUGCAGGGGUGGCGAACCGUGGUUGCUCCGUCAGGAUACCGCUUCAAGUGGCCGAAGACAAGAAAGGAUACUUAGAAGACCGCCGGCCGGCUGCUAACGCCGACCCUUAUCGAGUUGUUAGCAUUCUACUGCGCACGUGCAUCUUUGACGAAUGACACGAACUAAUUAUAUGUCACUAAAGUUCAAACAGAUUAAAGUAUUUUAUGUGACAAAGCAUUAUUUGUUGUAUUUUUGGUGUUUUGGUAUCUAUAUAAAAUAUAAAUAUAAGAGACUAGCUGAUCCGACAGACGUUGUUCGGUAUAUAAUAAAUAAAAUAAUGUUUUUAUAUGAAUUUGUCAAUAAUAUAUCAUAACAUCAAAAUAAUUACUUCGUAAAAUAUGCACCCUGCUGUCGUAAUGAAAUUGUUUCACAGCAGAACUGUCAAACUGUGCGUCAAUAAAUUCUCUCAUAGAAAUUAUGUAUGGACACAUCAAAGGGAAAACAAAUUUGUUGUUUUUAUUUAAUUAGCAGCAUUUUUCUAUUUAUUCACCUUUUAAACCUUCUCUGGACUUCCAUAAAUAAUUCAAGACCAAAAUUAGCCAAAUCGGUCCAGCCGUUCUCGAGUUUUAGCGAGACUAACGAACAGCAAUUCAUUUAUAUAUAUAUAUAUAUAUAUAUAUAUAUAUAUAUAUAUAUAUUUAUAUAUAUAUAGAUUUCCACGUCCAUUCCAUGUAUUGACUCAUCACGAUAUCUCUGGAAUCAUAAGGCCAAGAGACUUGAAAUUUGGUAGGAAUAUUCUAGAUAUAAUUUUUUAUAUGAACUGAAGAACGUGUGUCGGGUCACCUAGUGUUUUGUUUAAUGUUUGUGUGCGGAAGUACAUACUUGCGCAAAAAACAAAUAGUAAUCGUUAACAUACCUCAUGGUUAGCCCUAUGUUACAAACAGCUCAAAAUAAAGUGUAUAUAAUUAAUAUAA